CCAUUGAUCAUAAAUGCGGUCUUUCAAGAGCAUGGUAGCUCAAUGUGACUUGCGUAGACGGCGUGUUGUUUGUAGCGUUUAGUUCUUAAAAAGUAUGUUUUCCUUGUUGUCAACUUAAUCUGAACCUGUGAUAAGUAUUCGUGUCAUAUGGCGCAUCAGUGUUUCAUGACAACAAAACGCAGCUGCUGUAAAGAAAUUAUUCUGAGAUAGUAGAUGACCCAGAAAAGCCAAGUUUUCAUUUUUCUAUUUGAUCGUAAAAUAUACAAUGUGUGAAUCAAGUAGCAGCUCAAACAACAGUGUAACAUGAAUGUGACUGACUUGGAACACAGUGUGCAUCGAUGGGAUACAUUGAAAAUAUUGACACCAGACAGAAGUAAAUUUAGCUAUGUUGUUAUGAUUUUAAAUCAGCCUAUAAGACACAGUCGUGCAGCUAUGCUUUCUCUGUGGCAGAACGCAUCUUUGAGGAUUACGGUUGAUGGAGGAACCAACCGUUGGUUUAAGUUCAGUGAAGAAGAAAGCUGUUCAUUGCCUGAUUUCAUAACAGGAGAUUUAGAUUCUGUGGAGGAAUGUGUUCUUGACUAUUACAAGAAGAGAGGGGUUCCUGUUGUUGUCACUCCGGAUCAGAAUAAAACUGAUUUUACAAAAGCUGCUUUGUUUGCUGUUGAGCAUCUUGACAAGGUGAAAAUUAAGGUGGAUGCCCUUGUAGCUGUGGUUCAAUCUGCAGGAAGAAUGGACCAUAUAUUUGCCAACAUAAAUACUCUCUUCAAGAUGACACAUGUGGAAGGUGCUAUGCCAGUCUACCUUCUGUCGUCAGACUCCCUGACAUGGUUGCUGAGGCCAGGUUCGCAUGAAAUUUCUCUCCCACCUGAUCUCGUUGCUGAAAAAGUGUGGUGUGGCAUAAUCCCUAUUGGUGGAAAGGCCAAUUCUGUCACUACUACGGGACUGAAAUGGAACCUAAAUGAUACCCCCAUGGAAUUUGGAGGUUGUGUAAGCACAUCAAACAAAUACUGUGAAGAAGUUGUUACUAUUAAAACUGAUUCUUUCCUCUUGUGGACAAUGGGUUUGCAAAAAGAUGAUGUCAGUUGACGCUGUCACUGGGCUUUUUGCACUCCUUAAACUGAAAUGAUAAAGGUAAAGGUUUUCUUUUCAAAUGACAUAGUAUAUUUUGUACUUGGGAAGUACAGUAGUUGUAAGCCAUAUAUAGUUUGUGGCUCUUCUAUAAUUUGGGAAUGUUAAUAUAAGGAUGUUUAUACUUGAGAUGUUGAAUUAUAAAAUAAACAAAAAUGUUAUUGAUUUGUUA